AGUGCAACGCACGAGCAGUGGCAAGCCACUGUUCUUAGCCCUUCCGUAAUAAAAAUUAAUUUAAUAUUAUGUGAACUAUCAGUCCACGUAUGAGUUAUUACACUGAUAAGAACAGAGAGUACACUUGAUUUUGGCCAAAAGGCCCAGAAAGGUAUGCUUUUGUAGCGCUUGAGUUUCCUUACUUAUAGACCUCGUCUCCGCUCUUACGCUCUUUUAUUUUUCUGGGAAUUUGCAUGUGGUCUUGGCCUGAGCAGCCGUCACUUAAAAGCUUUUCAAAUUGAGCCCAAACUUCUUGUUCGCUUCUUCCUCCGCUUCCAAUGGCGAGCGCAUACCGCGCUAUCUUCUCUUUCCACGCGCCACCCAAAAUCACCUCUGGCACCGUCUACAGGCACCGGCUAAGCUGCCUUGCCUCUUCUGUUCCUGCCCCAUUUCCAUCAAAACGCACGAACAGGAAAAAUCACUUACGCCCCAAAAUCCAUAAAACCCUAACUAAACCCUUAACCCCCGCUCCUCUUCCUCAUAUAGUUCCAGUAGAGCACACGAUUCCCAUUCCCAUUCCUCUCCCGCCUGCAAACGACGCUGUUUUAGAUGCUCCCUGGGGUGAAAUUUCCAGCGGAAGCCUUCUCGCUGAAGAAACCGAUAGGUUUGAAGAAUUUGGUGUUUCGGAGACUAUAGGCGCCGCCGGACAAUAUAGUUGCAUUGUUGGUAAAUUUUCCGCCAAGUCUCUAAUGAAAUUCUGUGGUUAUUUGGUUGGGGUUACAAUUUGUGCUGUUUGGGUGCUGGGGAACUCCAGUUCAUCUAAGAAAGAAGUGAGAUUGAAUAAUUUGGAUAGUAAGGGGAGAAUUUUUCUGAACGGAAACAACGUGGCUUACUUUGAUGGCACUGAUCAGGAAGAGAAAAUCAGUGAAAUUAGGGCAAUGGCAAGGGAGGCGAGGGAGAAAGAGAAAAGGGGGAGGAAGGAGGGUAACGAAGAAAGUGACAUUGAAAAGGAGAUUGGAGAAAGAUUGGUUAAAUUGGAAAAGAGAUUGAAUUCCAAGAAAGAAAAGUUGCCUGAAUCAUUUAUGAAUUAUUUGGGCCUGUUUGGGAAUGAUGAUGAUGAUGAUGAUGAAGGGCUUAGCGAGAAUAGUUUGGACCCAAAAGAGGAUCUCAAAGCACUGAUGUUCAAGAAAAAGUUUAAGUUUAAAAGCCCUUCAAUGAACUCGCGAAAUAGUCCAAAGGGAUUUUCAGGUUCAAGUAGCAUAAAUGGAAGUUAUCCAAAUGGUGAAUCUACAAGCAGUAAUUCUGGAACUAUGAAAAUAGAUGGGGGAAUGAAAGCGGCGGGUGUUCAGUUGAAUUCAUCAAAAGGUGGCAACAAGUUAGAGAAGGAAAAAGAGGAUUUGCCGAAGGAAUUACAGUCUGGCACUGAUCAGAAGACUAGGAAAGGAAGAUUAUCAAGUGAAGUAACCAAGUCAUGGAAAUCAAGAGAUUUGGAGAAACAGAAGUCUCUAAGGUUAACAAAAGAGAACCAGCAAACUACUACAAAUUUAGAUGUUCCAUCUUCAUCAAGAAGAAAUAGCAGCAGCAACACUGGAAAGAGACCAGUAGCCAACAAAGUGGGGGAUAAAAAAUCAGCUGUGCAAACAAAUUUGUGGUGGUUGAAGCUUCCUUAUGCUCUAGCUAUCCUUAUGCGUAGAGGCUCAGAAAAAGAAGAACCAGCUGGGCUUUAUGCUUUAAGAACACCUUAUCAGGCAGGCGACCAAGCUUGCACUGUUGCUUUUGAGGACCGUGGUGAUGCCAAUAACUUCUGCUAUUUACUUGAAUCCUACUUUGAAGAUUUAGGGGACUUCAGUGCUGACAUUGUUCCACUGUCAAUUCAAGAACUUCAUGAGGGAGUAAAAUCUCGUUCCAAGAAGGUAAUUGUUGUAAAGAAGGGGCAGCUUAAGCUUUAUGCUGGUCAGCCAUUUGCUGAAGUUGAGAUGGCUUUGCUCUCUUUGAUUGAUCAAGAUCAAGGUAUCUAGUUUUCCUUGGUUCAUUGGAUGAGCGACAUAAUGAGGCGUAGGCGGCUCUGUCUCCUAUCCGCCAAUCAUUUUAGCGGAAACCAAACAUGAGAUCUGAUGGAAAUUAGAAGCCUUUACUAUUGGAGAUAUCCGAUUGGGACAUUAGGGUAUUUGUGGAAGAAAUUAAUGAUCAGACCUGGAAUUCUUCUUCAUUACGUGGAUAAAUUCUUAUCAUAGAUUUCCUGAAUCUAUGGAGGACUUCUGACGGCAAGUUCUGGUCAGAGGAAGCAACCGUCUCAAUGCUGCUGGUAUUAUACAGCAAUUGGUGUGUGAACUGUGAAGCAUGAAGCUAUAGAUGUGUUGAUUUUUGUUAGGAAAACGUGCGGUCUUCUCUCCGAAUCAUUUUAUUUUUUAAUUGUCUUUGUUGAUGUCUCUUUGUUUUUAGGUGUUUGUGACUUGAAAAUUUAACUUGUAAAUAAGAAAGUUAAAACAAAUGAACCCAUUCAAUAUUGGAUCUUUUGUGGUAAUCAAUCAUGUUCAAGCAA